UGGCAGGGGCGGCCCCGGGCGGGCCGAGGGCGCCUCUGCCGGGCUCGGGCGGCGCUGCCGCUCCCCGCCUCCUCCGCCUGGCAGCCGGGCGGGCAGGCACCGGGAGAGGGAGAACGAGAGGGAAAGGGAGGGCGCCCAGCUCGCCGCCGCCCCGGAGCCGUGGCAGCGCGGCCGGCCUGGGCGGCAGCCGGACCCCGGCCCGCCCGCCCGGCAGCGGGAGCGCCUCCGCCACCGCCGCCCGCCCGGGGCCGCCGCGGCGGCCAGCGGAGCCCCCGCCGGCCAUGGAGCUCUCCCUGCGGCUGCUCCUGGCGUCCUGCCUCUCGCUGGGGGCGGCCGCGGAAUUUGACAGAAGGUGGCCCAGACAAAUGGUCUCAUCUGCAGGACUAUGUCGGUUUGGAAGCAGAAUUGACUGCUGCUGGGGCUGGGCCAGAGUGGCCUGGGGACAGUGCCAACCAUUCUACGUCUUAAGGCAGAGAAUAGCCAGCCUAAGGUGCCAGCCCAAAGCUAUAUGCCAGCCAGGAUGCAAACACGGUGAAUGCAUUGGGCCAAACAAGUGUAAGUGCCACCCAGGAUACACUGGAAAAACCUGCAACCAGGAUCUGAAUGAGUGCGGACUAAAGCCGCGGCCGUGCAAGCACCGGUGUAUGAAUACCUACGGCAGCUACAAGUGCUACUGUCUGAACGGCUACAUGCUUAUGCCAGAUGGAACCUGCUCAAAUGCCCUUUCUUGCCUGAUGGCAAACUGUCAGUAUGGCUGUGACAUACUGAAAGGGGAGGUGCGCUGCCGCUGUCCUUCUCCUGGGCUGCAGCUUGGGCCUGAUGGCAGGACUUGUGUCGAUAUUGAUGAAUGUGCUACUGGGAGGGUUCUCUGCCCCCGAUUUAGGCACUGUGUCAAUACUUUCGGGAGCUACAUUUGCAGGUGUCAUAAAGGCUUUGAUCUGAUGUACAUCGGAGGCAAAUACCAGUGCCAUGAUAUAGAUGAAUGUUCCCUUGGCCACCAUCAGUGUGGUAGUUUUUCUCACUGCUACAACACUCCAGGAUCCUACAAAUGCAAAUGUAAAGAAGGGUACAGAGACAAUGGAACAAACUGCAUACAAAGGCCAGUGACCAGGCCGACAGUUCGUCCAACGCCUGGGCCAGCAACUCGUCCAACACCUGGGCCAACAACUCAUCCAACACCUGGGCCAACAACUCAUCCAACACCUGGGCCAACAACUCAUCCAACACCUGGGCCAACUCAGCCUGCACCCAGAACAACGACUAGACUGACACCCAGGCCAACCACGAGAUAUGUGCCAGUGACAACAAGCCUGGUCACUACAUCAGUGACGAAGCCUCCACCUACAACAACUCCUCAGCCUACGACAGUAAGACCUACACUACCACCACAAAGAACUCCUCUGGUAACAACUGAAGAGCCUUCACAUGUUCCCAUUGAAACUACAUCUUCCCAAGGAGUUAUCGAUGACAACAGGAUCCAGCCAGAUCCUCAGAAGCCCCGAGGAGACGUGUUCAUUCCACGCCAGCCUGGAGUCAGCAAUAAUCUGUUUGAAAUACUUGAAAUUGAAAGAGGCAUUACAGCUGAUGAAUUUGAAGCAAAUGAUGACCCAGGCGUUCUGGUGCACAGCUGCGAUUUUGACAGUGGACUGUGUGGAUGGAUCAAGGACAAAGAUGAUGACUUGCACUGGGAGCCAGUGAGAGAUGCAUCAGGGGGACAGUACCUUAGCAUCUCUGAUCCCAAGGGCAAAGAAGGAGGAGUAGCACAUCUUAUCCUGCCAUUGGGGCACGUGGCUCAGGCUGGAGAUUUGUGCCUGUCCUUUAGGCAUAAGGUGCCUGGAUUGCAUUCUGGUUCCCUCCAAGUCUUUGUAAGGAAAAACGGUGCUCACGGCCCAGCUCUUUGGGGAAGAAAUGGUGGCCAUGGCUGGAGACAGACACACCUAAGUUUACAAGGACUGGGCAUCAAGAGUGUUAUUUUCAGAGGUGAGAAGGGGAAAGGAAGAACUGGGGAUAUUGGACUAGAUGAUGUGGUCUUGAGGAGAGGACGCUGCUCUGAAGAGCAUUAGCCAAAACAAUGGACCAGCAGUCAUUCUCUCUUGCCCUACCAAACUUUGAAACAGAACUACGUGGAAAAGAAGAAUAAGUGGGAGAGCAGCAACUUCUUAGUGGUCUGCUAAGUGCAAUCUCAUGGAAAUGUCACUUAAAUACAUGGAGAGCACCUCCCAGGAUGGAAGAAAUCCAGUCUCAGGCUGGUUCUUUCUAUUAAUCCUUACCCUAAAUCAUAUUUUGUAUGAAAUAACUUUGUCCCCUGUUAAGUCUGGUGAGUACUCACAGAAAGAGCACUUUUGAAAAAGGGAGAAUUAAUUACAAGUGGUAGCAAAAGGAAGCUCCAUCUCAAAGUUUCAGUGUUAACUGGCAGCCAUUAUCAUCCCAUAGUGCUGUCUUUGAUUAAUUUGUGUGAGUUACAUUGGAUUAGUGAAAGCCUGGACCUGAACUUUGGCUUACUGCCACUGACCUUUGAAGAAAGGUUUUUUCAUAUAUGAAAUAGCAUUUAUUUUGCUGUUGCAUCUGCAUUAACCAAAACCAGUUAUAGAGAUUAGGCAUUGCAUCCUGUAAUGUUGCUACUGCUGUGUUUUGUGUAUAUGUGUAUGGUUAACAUAUUUAUGUUUUUCGUAUUUACAAGCUCUAGUUGCAGGGUAAUUGGCAGCUGUACUUUCUUUUUGUACAAGACAGGAGUUUAGCAUCUUCAAUACUGCUGGUCAUGCCAAAUUUUCAAAGUCAGUUAAUGGUGCUCAUUGAAAAAUGCUGGUGCAGUUUUUCACGUUGUAACAUCCUGAAGGCAAAAGACUAAAUGCUCACCUGAUGGAAGCUGGCAUCUGAAAAUGCUGUACAAGUUUGCAUCGAGCUCACAAGGUCCAGCCAGAAGCUCCUGGUUCAGCUGAAGACUGAGCAGCCAGGAGAUGAACUUGGAUCAUAUAAGGUUGACACUGCCAGGAAUGAUUCCUUCCCACAGGUGGCACAAGCAUGAGGAAAAAGGGCAGCUGCAUUAACACUGUACAAGCAAUUCAGACCAUGAAAUUCCUUGAGUGGUCUUUGUCAAAUGUCCAUACUCCGCCCAACCUUCUGUAUAUAAUAAGCAUUUUAUUCUUUAGAACUAGAAAAACUAUUAGCUCUAGUGGGAAAUGAGUAUUUAUCAAAACUUUGGACUAAUUUUCUAGUUAUGUAUCAUGUGUGUGCUGUGCAGUUUCCCAGGGAAUUCUUCUGUUUGGUUUGGAAUUUUUAAAGUGGGUAUCAUCAUCAUUGCUAGCAAUUCUAAAAUUGACAAAGUAAUUUUAACAUUUAAGAAAAUGAUGAGAUUGGUAAAAUAUUGUUAGUGGUGCAGCCUUAAGCUUAAAAAAAAAAAUCUCAGUUUCUUUGAAUAUAAAUACAGUGUAAAAUAAAUGUCAGCUGCAUAGCGUGUUCAGUCUUGUACAAAGUUCACAGACACAGAUUUGGAAGACCUUUAGAGAGGUUAUAUUCCAAAUCCCUGUUCCUGACAAAGUACCAGUCUGAAAAUACUUUUCCCCAUUCAUCCCCUAGGACAAAACAUGGUCUGUAGAGCAGAAAUGUAUGUGACCAAACAGAGAGUCUCCUGUACAACUGCAGCAGCAAACAUUUUGAAAAGGAAAAAACAAUGUGUUUGUAAACAUUAAAUUUUAAACUAUUUUGCUUCA